GGGACCUCCCUAAGCCCAGCAAACGUUGAAUGUGUGGGCCCAGGAAUCGCGUCACAAGCCAGCGACUGAAUCUUGGCAGCGGUGGCCGGGGUGGCUUAGGCGGCAGCGGCGGCGACAGCUCUGGGGUUUGCGUCUCGGGGUGUGUCGGCCGCCGCUGCUGCUCGGGCCUGGUAUGUACAGAUGGCUGGUUAGGAUUCUCGGCACCAUUUUCCGUUUCUGCGACCGGUCGGUGCCCCCUUCCCGGGCCCUCCUGAAGAGGCGGCGCUCGAACAGCACUCUGUUUUCUACGGUGGACACUGAUGAAAUACCAGCUAAAAGACCAAGAUUAGAUUGCUUUAUUCACCAAGUGAAAAACAGUCUCUACAAUGCUGCCAGCUUAUUUGGAUUCCCAUUCCAGCUGACCACAAAGCCCAUGGUAACUUCUGCUUGUAAUGGAACACGGAAUGUGGCCCCUUCAGGAGAGGUAUUUUCGAACUCUUCAUCUUGUGAACUGACAGGUUCUGGAUCCUGGAACAACAUGCUGAAACUGGGUAAUAAAUCUCCCAAUGGAAUAAGUGACUAUCCAAAGAUCAGAGUGACAGUUACCCGAGAUCAGCCACGUAGAGUCCUGCCUUCCUUUGGUUUUACUUUGAAAUCUGAAGGCUAUAAUAGAAGACCAAUUGGCCGUCGCCAUGGCAAAGGCAAUCCAGAGAGUUCCUUAACAUGGAAACCUCAGGAACAGAGUGUCACAGAGAUGUUUUCUGAAGAAGGUAGCAAGGGUCUGAGGCGUCCACAUUGUACUGUAGAGGAGGGUGUUCAAAAGGAGGAAAGAGAGAAGUACCAAAGGUUGUUGGAGCGACUUAAAGAAGGUGGUGGAAAUUCUGUCACUCCUGUAACUUCACAUCAUCACAGUUCUCAGAGAAGUCAGAUGGACACAUUAAAGACCAAAGGCUGGAUCGAAGAGCAGAAUCAUGGCGUCAGAACAACUCAGUUUGUUCCAAAACAAUAUAGAAUUUUUGAAACAAGGGGAUCUCUCUGUCCAAUGAGAAGUGAAAAGAGGUUUUCAAAGGGGAAAUUUUCUGAUACAGAAAAGAUGGUUGGAAUGAGACCUGAAAGUGAAAGUAAAAGAGGACACCCUCUGGAACCUGACUUAUCAGAAGAAGUGUCAGCCCGACUCCGCCUGGGCAGUGGAAGCAAUGGUUUACUCAGGAGGAAAAUGUCAAUAGUUGAAGCAAAGGAAAAGAAUUUCUUAGGCAAAGAGAGGGACAGAAGAACAGAUGAUCUCCUUGAACUUACAGAGGAUAUGGAAAAGGAAAUCAGUAAUGCCCUAGGCCAUGGCCCACAAGAUGAGAUCCUAAGUAGUGCUUUCAAAUUGCGAAUCACUCGAGGAGAUAUCCAGACCUUAAGGAACUAUCACUGGCUCAAUGAUGAGGUCAUUAAUUUUUACAUGAAUCUUCUAGUGGAAAGAAAUAAAAAGCAAGGCUAUCCAGCACUUCAUGCAUUCAGUACUUUCUUCUAUCCUAAAUUAAAGUCUGGGGGUUACCAAGCAGUGAAAAGAUGGACCAAAGGGGUAAAUCUCUUUGAACAAGAACUUGUUCUGGUGCCUAUUCAUCGGAAGGUACAUUGGAGCCUGGUGGUGAUGGACCUAAGAAAAAAGUGUCUUAAAUAUCUGGAUUCUAUGGGACAAAAGGGCAGCAAGAUCUGUGAAAUUCUCCUUCAGUAUUUACAGGAUGAAAGUAAGACCAAAAGAAAUAUUGAUCUGAAUCUUUUAGAGUGGACCCACUACAGCAUGAAGUCACAUGAGAUUCCUCAACAGUUGAAUGGGAGUGACUGUGGAAUGUUUACUUGUAAAUAUGCAGAUUAUAUUUCUAGGGACAAGCCUAUCACAUUUACUCAGCACCAGAUGCCUCUCUUCCGGAAGAAGAUGGUGUGGGAAAUCCUUCAUCAGCAGUUGCUGUGACAGUGCCCCGCCUAGUCCCUCUAGCUGCUGGUGGUUCUUUCAUGGACAUUUCCAUAUACCUCAUGCAUCGUGGGCUAAAAAGUCCCCACGUCAUUUCUGUUCUCUCACAGGUACUGAGCUGUCAAAAGUGCAUGAAGGCCUCUCUCAGAACUGUAGUCCUGACUUGGGAUGCAGAGGGGCUGCUUGCAACCCUGUCUGUAAGGCUGUGCUUGCUCAGAGCCCUGGACUGUUCAACCCACACAAGAACAAAUGCUAAUUAAUACGUUUUUCGUUUUAAAGAGUUAUUUCCCUAUGAAUGUGGGAAAUGCAGGAUUUAUUCUAUGAAUUGUUUUUUCUGUGUGUUUGUUCACGUGUAUUCAUUCGUUCAUUCAUUUGCAAACAUUGGGCAGUGGCCAUUUUCUGCUGCUCUUUUACAAUUAACUCUAAAUUACUUGUGUGAACUAUUUAUUUCUGAAAGAAUGUUAAUCAAACUGCCACUCCUCGCUGAAGAUCAGGAGGGACAUCAGCAGAGGGAGGAAGUUUCAUUAAUGUUUAUAACGCUGGAGUAGUAAAUGCCAACUUGAAGUUAGGGGUCUUUUUUUUUUUUUUUCUUGAGGCUUGAAAAUGCCAGGAGAAAUGAAAAUGCACUGUGUAGGAGUCUGGUUUCCUUUCAGAGGAAGUCUGACAUGACAGCAUUGGCACAGUGUUGUAGAAAUGUGGCCAAGGAACUCAAGCUUCCACGUCUUCAGAAGAGUGUCAUUGUCAAAGAGACUUCCCUUGCUGGAAUUGAGGUGAUUUACUCUUGAAACUGGAUUUGAAAUAACUGUAAUCCUAAAUCUUUAUUUUUGUUCCAGGUCCGGUUGAGUAUAAACCUCAGAAUUGUAAGGGCUGGCCUGAGUUAUUCAGUUUAAAGCUAUUUUUCCUCAAAGUUUUUUUUUUCUAUAUAUUAUGCUGAAAUUAAGUUUUGUACUCAUUAAGAUUAACAUAUUCCCCACUCUAUCCCACUGAAAUCUGUGGAAGAUGAUUUAGUACCUGGCUCUGAGGUUACCAGUUAUACAAUAAUCUAUUUUGCAUAUGAAAGUUUGUAUUUAACUUUUUUGUUCAUUAAAAACCUUACAGAUGUGGUUAUGCUUUCUUACCUUCAGAAAGUUUAGAGUUGGUCAGAACAUAUUUUGCAAGAUCUAGUGCCUAGUGUUGCUUUUAUGAUGUAAUAAAAGGUUGUCUGGCAGAACCU